AUGGCUGGGUUUGCAAAGUACGGUAUCUCUCUCUGGCUCUCUCGCCCACUACUCUCUCCGCGUGCAUUGCACGUGCUUUAUCUUCUAGUCUUCCGAAACGUGAUCUUCUCGUUCGCAAGGCUCUAUCUUUCCAAAGAGCAGUGGGAGAGAAAUACCAGACAAAAGCCGAACACGGCAGCGAUGGCUGCACUUCAAAGCUCCAUGGCUGCACUUUCUCUUUCCUCCAGUUCGUUCUUGGGCCAACGCCUCUCCCCCUCUCUCUAUCCUGCGCCUGUCAAGUUCACAGAUCAGCCAUGUCUGAUUGUAAUGAAGCUCAAGAGAUGGGAACGUAAAGAGUGUAAACCAAACGGCCUUCCUGUAAUCCAUAAGAUGCAUGUUAAGGUAGGAGACACGGUGAAAAUCAUCUCAGGCCGUGAGAAAGGUAAAAUUGGAGAGAUUACUCAGGUUUUCAAGCAUAACAGCACCGUGAUUAUAAAAGACAUGAACUUGAAGACAAAACACAUGAAGAGCCGAGGAGAGGAUCAGCCCGGUCAAAUUGUCAAGAUCGAAGCACCCAUUCACAGCUCAAAUGUGAUGCUGUACUCAAAAGAACAGGAAGUAGCAAGCCGGGUGGGCCACAAAUUCCUCGAGGACGGGACCAAGGUUCGUUACCUCCUGAAAACCGGCGAAAUAAUUGACAACAAGGAGAACUGGAAGAAGGUACCUGAAGAGGUGAAAGAAGCUGAGGCAGCAGCCGUUUGAUUUGGGUGAGACUGCCUUCAUGCAUGUAGUUUUUUUUCUUUGCCUGUAUUUUGCAUCACCGGCUCGUCCUUGCUAGUAACAGAUGUUGUAAUUUUGUUUGAAUCACAGCUCUCAUUUGAAGCAUUUCACAAGAAAACGCCUCUGUUUAGCUA